UAGAAAAUUGUUCCACAGAACUUUGCCAGAAAAAUUUCAAAAAAUCCCCCCACCCACCCUCUGUUGUGUCUAUUUUGUAUAGCUUCCGUGUGUACAGUUUCUACAUACACGGCAAGCUCCUAUGAACUAAGCAAAAGAAUGGAAGAAAAGCAACAAAGGCACUUUGUUCUCGUACAUGGUGCUUGCCUUGGAGCUUGGAGCUGGUACAAGCUACAACCGCUGCUGAAGGCAGCCGGCCACUACGUCACUGUAUUGGACCUUUCAGCCUCGUGCAUUGACCCCAGAAGCCUGGAUGAACUUUGCACAUUUCCCGACUAUACGCUGCCGUUAUUUAAGGUAAUGGAGUCGAUUCCACCAGAUGAAAAGGUAGUUCUAAUUGGACAUAGUCUUGGUGGUUUGAACUUGGCUUUUGCAAUGGAGAAAUACCCGGAAAAGAUCUCUCUGGCUGUUUUUCUUGGGGCUACAAUGCCUGAUACUAUACAUAGGCCAUCCUAUGUUUUGGAAAAGUACCUUGCACGGACCCCGGCGGAAAAUUUUUCGGACACUCAGUUCGCACCGUUUGGUAGACCCGAAGAUCACCUCCAAUCAAUACUCUUUGGUCCGCAGUACAUAUCAUCCAGAAUAUAUCAACUCUCCCCAGCUGAGGAUGUCGCAUUAGCAAUAUCAUUAGUGAGGCCGGCAUCUCUCUUUAUGCAAGAUUUGUCAAAUAGGAGCCCAUUUUCCAAUAAAAGGUUUGGAUUCGUAAAGCGUGCUUACAUCAUAACUGGUAAAGAUAAAGCCAUAUCACCAGAGUUCCAACACUGGGAAAUUAAAAAUACUGGAGUGACAAUCGUGAAAGAGAUAGAAGAUGCUGACCACAUGGCCAUGAUUUCAAAGCCCCAUACACUUUGCCAAUAUUUAUUGGAUAUAGCAAAAUAAAUAUAUUUAAAGAAUUAUUUUCUUUACUUGUUCGGAUAUAAAGUACUCUUUUAUGAUACUCGUGGGGAGGGAUUAA